AUGGGCGGAUGGGCAAGCACGAGUGCGCAGGCGCGACUCGCAGCGGGGCCGGCUGCCGAGCCGUCGGCGGCGAUGCCGGUGGUGGCGGCGGAGGCAGCACCGUCACUGCGAGCAGCAGAGACCGCCACCACCGCCAUUCCCGCCACCGACGCCACCGCCACCACCGCCAUCCUUGCUGGAGGGAGCUAUGAAGCACAGCGUGCUCGAGAGGCGGAAGGACGUGGGGCAGGCCAUGCGAGGCUGAACAUGAUUCUCUCCCCCCCUCCCCGUCCUCCUCCCCCAUCCGCACCCCCUCCCCGUCCUCCUCCCCCCUCCGCACCCCCUCCCCUUCCUCCUCCCUCCUUUGCACCCCCUCCCCGUCCUCCUCCCUCCUCCGCAACCCCUCCCCCUCAGCACCCCCUCCCCGUCCCCAUUCCCCCUCAGCACCCCCUCCCCGUCCCUCUAAGCCCGUGCCAUGUGAUCACUGAACCAGGUGAGGCGUCGCAGCGCAAGUUAGCAAGGCUGAAGGAGGCAGGGCAGGCUGGAGCAAUGCAGCGUCGCAUGCUGGCAGGGCUCAAGGAGGGAGCGAUGAGGCGGCGGGUACUGGCAGGGCUGAAGGAGGUGGGGCAGGCUGUGCGCAGUGGGAGGGCCAAGUGUGUGGUGCUGGCGCCUAACGUGGAAGGGGCAAUGGGGCCAGGUGAGGGAAAAUCUGAGUGGGGGAUGAUGGCAGUGAGUCAUGCACGAGCGAGUGUGGGGAUGGGAGCGUCUGGGAGGAUGGGAGGGGCAGGAUGA